GAAGAGAAGAGCCGGCGUCGCGGGAGGGGAGAGAGGCGGCGAGAGCGCGUCUAGAGAAGCAGAGGAGGCGGUUCUUCUGCGCGUGCGCGCGGGGAGCCAGGGAGGAGGGGGAGGAGGGAGAGAGGGAGGGCGUUGGCGGCGGUGUGGCCUCCGCCGCGGAGUCGUCGUCCUUGGGGCUCUGCGCAUGCGCGGGGCCAGGAGAGUGGCAGGCGUAGGGCCCCGGCGGUGGCGCGGGAGGCGGCGCGGGAGGAAGCGAGGCAGGCCCGCCACCAGGAACAUGGCCGCCGCCGCCGCUGCUGCUGCUGCUGCUGCGACCACGACGACGGCGACGGCAGCCCCAGCAGCGCCGCCGGCCUUGCCCUCAGCCGCGGCGCCCCCCGCCUCAGCCGCCGCCUCCUCCUCCUCCUCCUCGACCGCCUCCUCGGCCUCGGGCGCCUCUCCGUCGCCUCCGGUCUCCCGCCGCAAGGACGGAGGCCCCGCCGCCAAGUUCUGGGAGAGCCCCGAGACCGUCUCCCAGCUCGACGCCGCCCGGGUCUGGCUCGGGAAGCACUGCAAGAAGUACGUUCAAGCAGAUGCUCCUACCAAUAAAACACUGGCUGGACUUGUGGUGCAGCUGCUGCAGUUCCAGGAAGAUGCCUUUGGAAAACAUGUUGCCAAUCCUGCCUUUACAAAAUUCCCUGCAAAGUGCUUCUUGGAUUUCAAAGCUGGAGGAACACUAUGCCACAUUCUUGGUGCUGCUUAUAAGUAUAAAAAUGAACAAGGAUGGAGGAGGUUUGACUUGCAGAAUCCUUCCCGGAUGGAUCGAAAUGUAGAAUUGUUUAUGAACAUUGAAAAAACAUUAGUGCAGAAUAACUGUCUGAGCAGACCAACCGUCUACCUCGUUCCAGAUAUUGAGCUCAAGUUGGCCAAUAAGCUAAAGGACAUUGUCAAACGUCAUCAGGGCACAGUCACAGAAGACAAGUCUAAAGCCACCCACCAUGUUUAUCCUGUUCCUACCUCAUUGGAUGAAGAAGAGUGGUUUAGACCUGUGAUGAAGAAAGACAAGCAGGUUCUUGUGCAUUGGGGGUUUUACCCAGACAGCUAUGACACUUGGGUUCAUUCUACUGAUGUAGAAGCAGAAAUUGAAGAUCCUCCAAUUCCAGAAAAGCCAUGGAAGGUUCAUGCCAAAUGGAUUCUGGACACAGAUGUCUUCAAUGAAUGGAUGAAUGAAGAAGAUUAUGAGGUUGAUGAGAACAAGAAGCUGGUCACCUUUCGCCAGCGGAUCUAUAUGAAGAAUGAAGAACCAGUCUGUAGUCCAGAACGGCGAGAUAGGAAGGCCGCAGCUGGUGCCAGGAAAAGAAAGCACUCUCCCUCCCCUCCACCUCCUCCCACCCCAGUGGAAUCAAGGAAGAAAGCUGGAAAGAAGGGACAAACGAGCCUGUAUGGAAAGAGACGAGGACAGAGGGAAGAUGAUGACCAAGAAGAUCUUACCAAGGAUAUGGAGGAUCCAGUCCCUGUGCCUAACAUAGAAGAAGUGGUGCUUCCUAAAAAUGUAAAUCCAAAGAAAGAUAGUGAAAACACUCCAGUAAAAGGAGGGACAGUAGCAGACCUUGAUGAACAGGAUGAGGAGACAAUGGUUACAGGAGGAAAGGAAGAUGAAGAUCCCAACAAAGGUGACCAGAGCCGCUCAAUAGACACAGGAGAAGACAAUGUUACAGAACAGACGAAUCACAUUAUUAUCCCCAGCUAUGCAUCUUGGUUUGACUAUAAUUGCAUUCACGUUAUUGAACGCCGUGCUCUUCCAGAAUUCUUCAAUGGGAAAAAUAAGUCUAAGACCCCAGAAAUAUACUUAGCUUACCGCAAUUUCAUGAUCGAUACCUAUCGCUUAAACCCUCAAGAGUACUUGACUAGCACAGCCUGCAGAAGGAACUUGACUGGAGAUGUUUGUGCAGUAAUGAGGGUACAUGCCUUUUUGGAACAGUGGGGGCUCAUUAAUUACCAGGUGGAUCCAGAAAGCCGCCCCAUGGCCAUGGGUCCCCCUCCCACCCCACACUUCAAUGUUCUGGCUGACACACCCUCUGGGCUUAUGCCGCUGCAUCUGCGUACACCUCAGAUCCCAGCCGCUCAGCAGAUGCUGAAUUUUCCUGAGAAGAACAAAGAGAAACCUACUGACCUGCAGAACUUUGGGCUUCGUACAGACAUUUACUCAAAGAAAACAUUAGCAAAGAGUAAAAGUGCAAGUGCUGGGCGAGAAUGGACAGAGCAAGAGACUCUGCUGCUACUUGAGGCUUUGGAGAUGUACAAAGAUGACUGGAACAAAGUUUCUGAGCAUGUUGGAAGCCGCACCCAAGACGAAUGUAUUCUUCACUUCCUGCGCCUUCCCAUUGAGGAUCCUUACUUGGAGAACUCAGAUGCUUCCCUGGGCCCUUUGGCUUACCAGCCCGUGCCUUUCAGCCAGUCUGGGAACCCAGUGAUGAGCACAGUGGCAUUUCUGGCAUCUGUUGUGGAUCCCCGAGUGGCGUCUGCUGCAGCUAAAGCAGCUUUAGAGGAGUUUUCCCGGGUCCGAGAAGAGGUGCCCCUGGAAUUGGUUGAGGCUCAUGUCAAGAAAGUGCAAGAAGCUGCCAGAAUCUCUGGGAAAGUGGAUCCCACUUAUGGACUGGAGAGCAGCUGCAUUGCUGGAACAUCUCCAGAUGAGCCAGAAAAAAUUGAUGGAGCUGAACAAGAAAAAAUGGAGACAGAGACAGAUGGGCCGCAGGUGGAAAAAGUUAAGAUAGAAAACAAAGUAGAUGGUGAAACAGCAGAUGGAAACAAGGUACAAGAAGGAGAAGAGGAGAGAAAUGCUGAAAAAGAGCAGCAUGGUGAUGCCACUCAAGAUUCCAAAACAGAUGAGAAGGAGGCUGAAGAGAACAAGGAGAACCUUGAUGUUUGCAAAGACAAGGAAGGCGAAGUUGGGAAGAAGCGAGUGGAGCAUGAAAUCUCUGAAGGGAACGUUGCAACGGCCGCAGCUGCUGCCCUUGCCUCGGCUGCCACCAAAGCCAAGCAUCUAGCUGCUGUUGAGGAGAGGAAGAUCAAGUCCUUGGUAGCCCUCCUGGUGGAAACACAAAUGAAGAAACUGGAGAUCAAACUUCGCCAUUUUGAGGAGCUGGAAACAAUCAUGGACAGAGAGAAAGAAGCGCUGGAACAACAACGGCAACAGCUGCUGACUGAACGCCAGAACUUCCACAUGGAGCAGCUAAAGUAUGCUGAAUUAAGAGCCCGACAGCAACUGGAACAGCAGCAUAGCCAGAAUGCUCAGCAGUCACACCAGCACUCCAGCGCUGGUGGCAUGAACCCUCUUGGGACAGCCAGCCACUCCGGCUUGAUAUCUCACCAGCAGCCUCCUCCUUAUCCCAUUAUGCACCACCAGAUGCCACCACCUCACCCCCCACAGACAGGUCAGGUCCUUGGCCCAAGCUCCAUGAUGCCUGGGCAGCCGGUGCCAGGCAGGAUCAUGACAGCUGGAGCGGCCAGUACUCACCCAGCCAGCAGCAGCUCCGGCAGCACCAGCACAACCACCACCGGCCCCCCAUCUGGUACGGCAGCGGGAAACACUGGGGGGCCCCGGGGAUCCCUGGCUUCUCCAAACGGCUUGUAUCCUCCCAGCAGCCCAGCCACCUCCAGCUGAUGGGGCCACUCCGCCACCUGCAGCAGCCCCGCCAGCCUUGGCUGCCCCCUGACACUCCAGCCACAAGGAACCUCUCAAAACACCUGCCAGUAGCAACCAA